UGCAAUGCAUAUAAUGUAUUUUAGUAUGAAUGAACAUGCAGGUAGAAAACAAGGUUUUUCGUUUACUCAGUACACUGAAGGUUAAUUAGUGUUAUUUACCUACCGAUUUAUUAUUUGUUGUGUAGUGAAUAUAAAUACUAUACAGUGCGAUGACACAAAUUAUACACAGAUGAUGUUGAUUGUAAAAUAUAUUUUAUUUGCGUGCAUCGACGUGUCAACUGGGUUCGCCUUGAACAUUUUAGGAAUUUUUCCGGCUCAAGGCUACAGUCAAUACCUCCUUGGUGCAUCGCUCAUGAGAAAAUUGGCCAGCAGGGGACACAAAGUAACGGUUAUAGCUCCUCACCGACAAAAUCAAGUUAUAGACGGUUACUCAGAAGUCUACGUCGAUGGCUUAGAAAAUUUCGGAGCUGACAAAAAUUUGUUUAAUCGUGAUGGAGAAUAUCCAAUAAAAAACGUUAUCUCUCUCUAUCGACUUGGGCUGACAUUCACUGAACACACUCUUGCAAAUAAUGCCGUUCAGCAAUUUCUAGCAUCAAAUCAAACCUUUGAUGUGGUUAUUUGCGAACAGUUCACUAGUGAAGCUCUCUAUGGCUUUUCUUGGCACUUCAAGGCACCCCUCAUAGUAUUCUCCUCGAUAGGACCAUCCGAAUGGAUCAGUGACAAGACUGGUCAUCCUCUUCCGGUCUCUUACGUACCUCACGCUCUCACCAGACGAACCACAAGAAUGGACUUUGUACAAAGAUUUCAGAAUGUUUUUAUACACAUUUUUGAUUAUAUCUACAGGAAUGUGUAUGUGUACCCCAUACAAAAUAAACUGGCUCAGAAAUACUUUCCUGGAAUACCACAUUUAGAUCAUAUUAUGUAUAAUGUGUCAUUAUUUCUAACAAAUUCUCAUGCUGCUACAACGGAACCUGUGCCGAUUACACCCAACAUAAUUGAAGUUGGAGGAUUACAGAUUUCUCCCAAAAAAUUACCUAAAGAUUUGCAAGAUUUUUUGGAUGGAGUCAAACACGGUGCUGUCUACUUUAGCAUGGGCACUAAUUUGAGAAGUACACAUUUAAAAGACAAAUAUAAAAAUGCCUUUAUCAGAGUGUUUUCAAAAUUAAAGCAACGAGUAAUAUGGAAAUUUGAAGACGGCAAUAAUUUACCAAAGUUACCUUCUAACGUAUUGAUAAGAAAAUGGCUACCCCAACAAGAUAUUCUAGCACAUCCAAACGUCAAAGCAUUUAUUACUCAUGGAGGACUGAUUAGUAUUACAGAAGCGACUUUUCUGGGUGUACCCAUGAUUACCAUUCCAAUAUUUGGAGACCAAAGGAUGAAUGUAGCGAAGCUGCUUUCUAAAGGCACUACAAUACAUUUACCAUACAAGAGUAUUAAUGAAGAUACUUUGAUGGAAACUCUUAAUGAAAUUUUAAAUAAUACACGGUAUUAUCAAGCAGCUCAAAAGCUGUCAUUUAUUCUUAACGAUCAGCAGGAGACACCUAUGGACAGAGCCAUUUAUUGGAUAGAGUACGUCCACAGACAUCGAGGAGUACCCUUUUUGAAACCAGCCUCCUUGGAGUUAACUUGGUAUCAGUAUUGCGGAUUCGAUGUGUUGUUAGUAACACUUAUUAUAUGUAGCUUUCCUCUGAUCAUUUAUUAUUUACUUUCAAAAUGUAAAAGACCAGUAAAAAAUAAGCUGCAAUAACACUGCAUUUAAUAAACAUUAGUUGAUAAUAGAACUGUCUAAAAAUGCUAAUAAAAUAUAAUA